AUCCCUCCAAGAUGGCGGAAGCUGUCUUCAAAGAUGUCCCCGAGAUCGUUGAGGUCGACCCGGGCGAAAGCUUAAUGGCUCGUACUGAAAGUCUAUCUGGGUUCCGCGAAUUAGGGCCUCCGGAUUUAUGUCAUGUCGUGAAGAGCACUGGGAAGAGCGGUCAACGCGACAUCGGCUCAUACCAUUAUGUCUCGGGCGUGGAUGCAUCGUCAUCAGCAUCACUGGCAGCAUACAUCAACCAACUCACGUACUCUAUUGAAGAACCACAGGCCUGGUUCUCUAAGGGGACAAGUUGGAAGUUGAAGAAUGGCUGUUACUGUUGCUUCAAUGCGUUUUCUCGCGUAGACGUCCGUGUAGAUGUAAAAAUCCCAGGAGGAGUUGAUGCAUACGUGAUUGACUUGCGUGGUGACCGAUAUAAGGCGACUUCCGAAAUGUGGCAGGAGACUUAUCUAUCUGCUGUCCUUCGUGCUAUCCUGUACUCUGACGACUCUACCUACGAACUUGACGCAUACCGCCGACUACAGCCAAUUGCAACUCCAGAUGCCGAGAUUCGUUUCCUACAAGCUGCUGAAGAGCUAUUCAUGAAAGGAUGGCAAGUUGGUUCUGAUCCGGAAAUCCAGGUGGCCACAGUAGUGUCAAACCAUCUUACUGCAGGCAUUAUGAAAUACUUCGGUGAUAGUGGGAGGUUCCAACAUGCUGCCAACUUGUUCGAGAAGCUCUCAGCGCGUGAACCAGAGGUCGCUUGUCUUUUGGCUAAAAGCUAUAUCGGAAUGAGCGAGGAGGUGAAAGCUGUGCAGAUAAUGGCAAAUGCUAUGAAGCAGACGCCCCAAUCAUACACACUUCUUCAUACGCAGUGCGAGUUCCUACGAUCCAAGGGGAAGCAUGAAUGGGCUGUCAAACUCGCGCGACAGGCUGUCAACUGUGCACCAAGCGAGUUCGUCACUUGGGAAAAGCUCACAGACAUUUACAUUGAUCUGGGACAGUAUGAAUCUGCACUACUUACCUUAAAUUCAUGUCCCAUGUUCACCUAUAAUGGCCGUGAUGCACACCGCAAUCUAACUGCAGCACGUCUUCAUCUGCCUGUCAAGUCAUCGGUCGGUGAGAUCUUACCAGAACGGGAAAAAACCGAUGAUGACGAGGCCGAUGCCGCGCUUCUGCGGUUACCAGCACCAGGUCUCCGCGGGACAUGGUCACGGGCCUAUUCCUUGCUUACCCGCCUUGUAUCGCAAAUUGGUUGGGACGAAUUGCUCAAGACGCGGAGUGCCGUUUUCGUCAUGGAAGAAGAAUAUCGCAUGCUGAAGGCACAGUCUGACAUUCAGUCUUCAACAGGAGCAGGGGUGGUAUCGCCAGCGUCCAGGCGUGCAUCGAAUAGCAAGGAUCUCAACGCUGAAGGAGAGAUUCCAACGAUCCGAAUCUCGACGGAGUCAAACAGAGAGAAGAAGGCAGAAAUGGAAAAGGAGAUAGAGGCUAGUGAGAAUAGCGAGGUGAAAACUAACGGCGUAAAUGGCGGCACGGAGCUGCAGCCUCCUGUACAAGCCGCUGCUGGAGAAGGAGAACAAGAUGACAGUGAAAGCCCGGGGACUUCUGCACCGGAGCCAUUCUCGUUCAGCAACAAGCGACUAUGUGAGCGUUGGCUCGAUAACUUAUUCAUGGUUCUAUAUGAGGAUUUGCGCGUGUGGACAAUAUUUCGUGCCGAGGUUGCACAUUUCAAAACGCAGCACGUUGCGUAUCGUAAGACGGGAAUGGAGUGGGAGAUCUUGGGAGAUCUUGGCCUAAGGCUACACCACAAGGAGGAGGCAAAAGAGGCGUAUCAACGCUGUCUAGAUACGCCACGCUAUUCGCUCAAGCCAUGGUCGAAAUUGCUCGAAACCUAUGCAGAGGAAGGUGACCUCAUGCGCACAUUGCAGGCAGCGAUUCGUGUCGCAGCAUAUCAACACGCAGAAUAUGCCGAGCUGACUUUCCCGUCACAAAUUGCCCGUUGCUUCUUUAAAAUCGAACAGAUCCAUGGUCACGCCAAAAUCUGGAAUACUCUUUUGAGCAUGGGGCUUCCUCCGCCAAUCUUGACAAUUAUGCAGAGCUAUUUGUUGUACGGGCAAGUAUUCAAAGUCGAAGGUUACGAUUUCUGAAUUAGUGUCAUGGAGAUUAUCUAUGUAUUUGUUUCCUUUCAUCGUUCUCCCUAUUCUACGUCGUCUUUAUCACCUUAUUCUCGUGAAUUUGAUACCUCGUUUCCGGUGUUAA